CGGGGACGCGCAAGGCGGGUCCCCGGGCCGGUGGCGGAGGAGAGCAGAAGGAACUGCUGGAAUUUGGAGAGGACCCACAUUGACUCUACAAUCAAAUAAGAGAGAAUGGAUGUCUUAAUGCUAUUGUGAAGCAAAUCUGCCCACUUUCUUGGGUCACCUUUAUCUUGGCUGUAUUAAAGGAUUUACCUGAAGACAAAGCAUUCAAUUCAUCUGAGACUGGACAAGAGUUGCUCUUGCUUCUGGCAAUUAAAGAUGGUGUUGUCAUGGAAACAGUUGUUCCUGCUUUCAUUCCUUGGCUGCCUAGGAGGCGAGCUUCUCUUACAAGGCCCUGUGUUUGUUCAAGAACCCAGCAACAGUGUUUUCCCAGUUGGUUCACAAGAUAAAAAAGUAACUUUGAAUUGUGAAGCAAGAGGCAACCCUCCACCUCAUUACAGAUGGCAGCUGAAUGGAAGUGACAUUGAUAUGAAUAUGGGCCAUCGGUAUAAGCUGAAUGGGGGAAAUCUUAUUGUGAUUAACCCCAACAGAAAUUGGGAUAUAGGAAGUUACCAAUGUUUUGCAACAAAUUCACUUGGAACAAUUGUCAGCAGAGAAGCCAAACUGCAGUUUGCCUAUCUUGAAAACUUUAAAACCAGAAUGAGAAGCACAGUGUCUGUGCGUGAAGGCCAGGGGGUCGUCCUCCUCUGCGGGCCCCCGCCACACUCUGGUGAAUUAUCCUAUGCUUGGAUCUUCAAUGAGUACCCAUCGUUUGUUGAAGAAGACAGUAGGAGAUUUGUCUCUCAAGAGACAGGUCAUCUCUACAUAGCCAAGGUGGAGCCAUCUGAUGUGGGAAAUUACACAUGUGUGGUCACAAGUACAGUGACAAAUGCCAGAGUACUUGGCUCGCCGACCCCUUUGGUGCUGCGCUCUGAUGGUGUCAUGGGAGAAUAUGAACCGAAAAUUGAAGUCCAGUUCCCAGAAACGCUUCCAGCAGCUAAAGGUUCAACUGUGAAAUUGGAAUGCUUUGCUCUUGGAAACCCUGUGCCUCAAAUUAACUGGAGAAGAAGUGAUGGAAUGCCAUUUCCCAGCAAAAUUAAACUGAGGAAGUUCAAUGGGGUACUUGAAAUCCCCAGCUUCCAACAGGAAGAUGCAGGUUCUUAUGAGUGCAUUGCUGAAAAUUCACGAGGAAAAAAUGUGGCCAGAGGGCGCCUCACGUACUAUGCAAAGCCUCAUUGGGUUCAACUCAUAAAAGAUGUGGAAAUAGCUGUGGAGGACAGUCUGCACUGGGAAUGUCGGGCCAGUGGAAAGCCCAAACCCUCCUACCGAUGGUUGAAAAAUGGAGAAGGUCUUGUGCUAGAGGAGAGAAUACAGAUAGAAAAUGGUGCCCUUACGAUAUCUAACCUCAAUGUGACUGACUCUGGCAUGUUCCAAUGUAUAGCAGAAAACAAACAUGGCCUCAUCUACUCCAGUGCUGAACUUAAGGUUGUUGCCUCUGCUCCAGAUUUUUCAAGGAACCCGAUGAAAAAGCUGGUUCAGGUGCAGGUGGGCAGCCUGGUGAACUUGGAUUGUAAGCCCAAAGCCUCCCCCAGGGCACUUUCCUUCUGGAAGAAAGAAGACACAGUGGUGCAGGAGCAUGCCAGGAUUUCUUUGUUAAGUGACGGAGGACUCCAGAUAGUGAAUGUGUCUAAAGCUGAUGGUGGGAUGUACACCUGCACAGCAGAAAACCAGUUUGGAAAAGCAAAUGGCACAACAUACUUGGUUGUUACAGAGCCAACAAGAAUAACUUUGGCACCAUCUAACAUGGAUGUAUCAGUGGGUGAAAGCGUCAUUUUGCCCUGCCAAGUGCAGCACGACCCCCUGUUAGACAUUAUGUUUACCUGGUAUUUCAAUGGGGCCCUUACAGACUUUAAGAAAGAUGGAUCUCAUUUUGAGAAAGUCGGUGGGAGUUCAUCAGGUGACUUAAUGAUCAGAAAUAUUCAACUGAAACACAGUGGGAAGUAUGUAUGUAUGGUGCAGACAGGGGUGGACAGUGUCUCAUCUGCAGCCGAGCUCAUAGUAAGAGGUUCACCUGGACCACCCGAAAAUGUGAAUGUAGAUGAAAUUACAGACACAACAGCCCAAAUCUCUUGGGAAGCAGGUACAGAUAACCACAGCCCUGUGGUAUCCUAUGCUGUCCAGGCUAGAACACCGUUCUCUGUGGGCUGGCAAACAGUCACAACAGUACCUGAGGUCAUUGAUGGAAAAACACACACAGCUACUAUUGUUGAGUUAAACCCAUGGGUGGAAUAUCAAUUUCGUGUUGUAGCCAGCAACAAAAUCGGAGGUGGAGAACCGAGUUUACCCUCAGAAAAAGUAAGAACUGAAGAGGCAGUUCCAGAAGUUCCUCCUUCUGAAGUCAGUGGUGGAGGUGGAAGCCGGUCGGAACUCGUAAUCACAUGGGAUCCAGUCCCUGAAGAACUACAGAAUGGUGAAGGCUUUGGAUAUGUGGUUGCUUUCCGCCCUCUUGGGGUUACCAACUGGAUCCAGACAGUAGUGACAUCCCCUGAUAGUCCAAGAUAUGUCUUUAGAAAUGAAAGCAUUGUGCCAUUUUCACCAUAUGAAGUUAAAGUGGGUGUUUAUAAUAACAAAGGGGAAGGGCCAUUUAGCCCAGUGAUGACAGUGUACUCUGCAGAAGAAGAGCCUACAGUAGCCCCAUCUCAAGUCUUUGCCCAAAGCCUGUCUUCCUCAGAAAUUGAAGUUUCAUGGAAUACCAUUCCUUGGAAGUUGAGCAAUGGACAUUUACUUGGCUAUGAGGUGCGGUACUGGCAUAAUGGAGGAGGAGAAGAAGAAGAGUCAUCUAGCAAAGUGAAAGUGGCAGGAAAUGAGACAUCAGCCAGGCUAAGAGAGCUGAGGAGCAACCUGGCCUAUUACACAGCUGUCCGGGCUUACAACAGUGCAGGUGCUGGUCCCUUCAGCGCUACAGUUAAUGCAACCACCAAGAAAACUCCUCCCAGCCAGCCACCAGGGAAUGUUGUUUGGAAUGCUACAGACACGAAAGUGUUACUUAACUGGGAACAAGUGAAAGCAAUGGAGAACGAAUCAGAAGUCACAGGUUACAAAGUUUUCUAUAGGACUAGCAGUCAAACUAAUGUGCAUGUGCUGAGCACAAAUAAAACUUCAGCUGAACUUUUGCUGCCCAUCAAAGAGGACUACAUUAUUGAAGUCAAGGCCACGACUGACGGAGGGGAUGGUACCAGUAGUGAACAGAUCAGGAUUCCAAGAAUAACUAAUAUGGAUGCAAGAGGAUCUGCAUCAGCCAUCUUGGAUCUCCACCCUGUGUCUUGUUAUAUAACUGUAGUCCAGUUCUUUAUUGUAAAUGCUUUGUGGUGAUAGUUUUAUUAUUAUUAUUAUUUACUGGAAAGUUAAUUGGUUACCAAAAAAGUGCUUUCAGAAACAUAGUGAUUAUGCAUGUAUUUUUUCACCUCUGUGUUUUUAACUUUCUACUUCAUUAUAGAUAAAAUAUGAGCAUAAUAAAAAUAGUAAAUCCUUUUAGAGGAAUCUGAAAUGCCUUAAUAUUUGCUUGUAAAACCAAAGGAAUUUGCAUACUACACAGUAAGAACUUUUGAUAUAAAUUUUCUUCAGCAAUGAGUUUAAGUACUGCCUGUGGAUCAUGACUCUUACAAACAAACACACACACACACACACACACACACACACAAUUUGUUCUACAUUGAUAAAGCUCCUCAUUUAAUCUGAUUAUUAAAGCCAGUAUCCCUUUAUUAAAGUAUUAUUUGUAGGAUUUAAUCAUUAUCAUUUUGAAAAUACUUGUUUGAAACCACAAGGGUCAAAAAUACAUUUAGUAAUUAUACUGUUGGAAGGGAGCUGCAUGUGAUCCUACAAUUUUGUUAGAAAAAUCCUGGCUGGGGCUUUGAGAGGGGUAUUUAGUUCAGUGUGCUAAGAGAAGUCACUUUGUUUCCUUGUGUCUCUAAAUUAUAUUAACCACUCAAAUAUGAGGUAAUAAUACCUGUCCAAUCUGCCUCUGUCUGCCCCUUGCAUUCCUUGCUAAAAAUAAGAAGGGAAAAGUGGAAAGUACUCUGCUGCCCCACAGGCAGUGUUCCUAUGCAAUGUCUUGGCAUGAAUUUCCUCAAGCAUGUAGAAGUCAUGCAAACCAGGCACAUUUUUUGAAGUUUGCAUUCCACACUAGAAGAUAUUAGUAUCUGUCUCAUUCAAAGAUGGCAAAUUGAAUCUGAGGGUAUAUUGCCAUAUCUUUUUCUUAUUUAGAAAAAAAUGAUGAACACUUGAAAGGAAUACUCUUUAUCCUUUUUCAAAUGUUAAGACAAAAUUAGUUAAGUCUUGUUGCCUACACACCUCAAACUUAAACUUUCAGACCUAUUAAAACUCAGAAGAUAAAAUGAGGAUCAAUUUGUAUUUCAACCUAAAUAUUAAUAUACACAAUAUUCAUGUCCAAUUUCUGAUUCCAUUAAGAGACACUUUCUAUUUUUGAUGUUUUUUUUUUAAUUUAAGUCAGGCAAGCUCUUUAGUUCUUAUGAUAAAUUUGUGAUAGAAACAUGGCAAUGCUGCUGACUUUGAUAUAUGAAUGGCUCAGUCUUGUGAUAUGUCAUGUUCGAAGGAUUAUUGAAGACAUGAGUUUAUAGCAAUAUGCCAAGAAAAUAAGAAAAUUGGCAGAUUGUGUAUUAGAUAUUCAGAAUCAUUUUUGUGCCUCUUUCCUACCAAUUUCACAUUUUAUUGGAACCUAUUCAUAUUCUCAGAGGUAUCAACAUUUAAAGCCAACUAUUCAACAAUCAAGAAAGAUUAAAAAUUAGCAAAAUUCUGAUAUUUCUUUAGUACACCACUUUAUAUUUAGAGAUUACAUGUAAAAUUAUUAAAUCAUUAUUAAAAAGGAGGAAUUUUUUAUAAAUUUCUCAUGUAAGGUCUGUAUAUAUUGUACAUAUCUAGAAAACAAUCUGAAUGAUUAGUAGAUUUCCUAUGAACACUGUUAUUUCCAGUCAAAAAGUAGGGGAAAUGCUUUCUCCAAUACUUGUAUUUUAUUCCAAAUGUCAAAGAAUUGUAACUUUUUAUUAUCUAGUAAUUCUAAUAACUCGUUCUUAUACUUUUCAUUCACAAGAUGGUUGUUCUCUUGUUUCAUGUUAUUUCUAGAAAUAUAUCUCCAUGAGAUACGGACCCUGUUUCAUAUUGAAAAGUCUAGAAUUUAU